AUGAAGUUCUCCACCACUCUGAUUGCCUUCGCUGCCGCCGGCCUCGCCAGCGCCCAGCUGCCCGAUGUGCCUGCCUGCUCGCUGACCUGCUUCCUCUCUGCCCUGGGUGGCGAUGGUUGCUCCGAGCUGCUCGACUUCAAGUGCCACUGCAAGAAGACCGAGCUCGUGAGCAACAUCACCCCCUGUGUUGAGAAGGCUUGCGAGUACGAGGACCGUAUCUCCGUCUCCAACGCCGUCGUCAACCAGUGCUCUUCCGCCGGUGUCCCCAUCUCGAUUGCUCCCAUCGAGACCGGUGCUGAGACCACCACCGCUGCUGAGCCCACCAAGGCCUCCAGCACCCCCGCGCCCACCACCGCCAAGCCCACCGAGUCCGCCGGUGAGAGCUCCAGCGCCGCUGAGAGCUCCAGCGCUGUUGAGACCUCCAGCUCCACCGCCACUACCACCGUCAUUGGCUCCUCUUCCGGUGUUGCCACCUCCACCCCUCUGGUGACCAAGACCGGCUCUGCCCCUGCCUCUUCCUCCUCGCCCGCUUUCAACGGCGCUGGCAGUGUCAAGGGCAACAUGGCUGGUGUCGCUGCUCUCGCCGCCGCUGCCGCUUACGUCCUGUAA